AUGUCGGGUAGUAGGAAGCCCCGGUUAGUGGCAAACCCUUUGGAGUCAGCAAUUACCACACCAAGCGAGCGGAUUUUGAAACAAUGUCACAAUUUAUAUGUCGACAACGAGAACGGCCUUGUGAAAAUUGCUACCAGUCUAGGUCUUAGACUUCUGCCACCUCGCAAGAAAAUUAUUGUCAUGAUCAUGGGAAAUCACUCAGCAGGAAAGAGUUCUUUCAUCAACUGGUACAUAGAAGAACACAUUCAGAAAACAGGCGUUGCCAUAGAAACGCAAGGGUUCACGUUCAUCACUAGCGGACGAAAAAGAGAGUCAUUAACUGGAAAUGCUACGUUACAUCUUUACCCACAUUUCCGACCGCUGCUGGAGUUUAAAGGUGUCACGGACUACCUCUCUGCCGAAAUCUCAACCUCCAAGCAGAAGAAGUUCAGCCUGGUGACCUUUGUGGACACCCCGGGCCUGGUGGAUGGGGACAUGGUGUAUCCUUUCAAUGUCAACAGCGCCAUCACCUGGUUCGGGGAGCAGGCAGAUCUGGUUUUUGUGUUUUUCGACCCGAUGGGCCAGGCCUUGUGCAAGCGAACGCUCAACAUCGUGGAGAAACUAAGCGAGAAGUGUGCGGACAAGCUCCAUUUUUUCCUCAGCAAAGCCGACGAAGCAGGCAGAGAGACAGACAGGCAGCGCGUGAUGAUGCAGAUUGUUCAGGAGCUCUGUCGCAGACCGGGACUCAACAAGUGUGGCUUUGAGAUGCCAACGAUAUACAUCCCUAACCCUCAGAGGCCCAGCAGAUGUGUGAACCAGAUUGAUGAGGUUUGUCAGACUAUAGAGAAGACCAUUAACCAGGCUGUUCAGAAAACCUUAGACCAGCUGGAGAAGGACUGUGACCUCAUCAGCCAUACCAUCAGCAACAAACUGACCCAAGACAGAGAGAACGUGAGCUAUAACAAAAGCGCCCGCUUUCGCUCCUUCCUCUACGGCUUUCUGGGCAUCUUCCUCCCGACCCUCUUCAUCCUCAGUUUUGUCCUCGAUACCCUUUUGUCCCCAGAGGAAUUGGAGGGUCUAGUGGGAGAGGGCCUGGCGAAAGCUCUUCGCGCCUCCACUAGAAUUAUGGUGUAUCUGUGGGAGUGGGUACCUGAGGACUGGCAACUCAUAUUUAUUCUGGUCUUUGGAUCGCUGUGCUACUUACUGCUCUUCCUGGCCAAGUAUUUUGCACGGCAGGGCACUAAGACUCUAACGAAGAAAGAGAAGAGGAAGCUGGCAGAGUACAGUGAUUAUGUCCAGGAUGUGGUUAAGACCAGAAAGCGGAAACUUUAUGAAGAGUACCUGCAGCAGUGUGCAGCCGAAUACGACUUCUGACCUCAAGUCACGGACUUUUGUGACUUUAACUUUG